AUGGCGACGACUGUGUGUUUAUCUAGAGAAGGUAUUAUUCGAAUCAAUAUUUGUGGAACUAUUUUUGAAUGUCCCUCUAAAACGUUAAAAACAUUUAAGGAAUCCAGAUUAGCAAAUCUUCACUUGCAGACGAAAAAUUAUGAUUCGGCAAGAAAUGAAUAUUUCUUUGACAGAAAUCCAUUAAUGUUUAACAGUAUCUUGGAUGGUUGCAGAAAAGGAACGAUUCAUUUACCAAAAGAUAUUUGUGGAGCUUCUUUCAGUGAAGAACUUGACUAUUGGGGCGUUUCUCCGAGUCACGUGGCGCCAUGUUGCUGGGAGGCACUGUACCGUAACGAAAAUGACGUUUCUAAAAUCCGUAAGGUAACAAAAUAUCUUCGAUGUGAAGCAGGUCUCGUUGAAGAAGAACGUGAUAUAUCACCAUGGAGGAAAAAUAUAUGGCUUUUUCUCGAUGAGCCGUCUUCUUCAGUAAAUGCAAUGAUUUGGGGAAGCUUUAUAUCUUUGCUGAUUGUUAUGUCAACAAUCACAGAGGCCUUGGCAACUCUACCAAUGUUCACUGUCGACCUAACAAAAUCCGAAAAGAGCAUUCUCAUUGAAAUUGGCAAGUUACUUGGCCUCGAAAAUAACACCGACUCUGCACUCGGAGCUCUCAAGCCACACCCAUAUUUACUAUACACAGACGCAAGCUGCCAUUUUAUUUUAACCGUAGAUUUCCUUGUAGCAUUUCUCGUCUGUCCAAGAAAGAAAACCAU